CACAGGGAAUCUUAUACCUCACGGCUUAAGAAAUGGCUUCGCUUUCAGAAUAUGCACUGCGCAUGUCUCGUUUAAGUGCCCGAAUCUUUGGUGAAGUGGCCAGGCCUACCGAUUCAAAGUCCAUGAAAGUGGUGAAUAUGUUCAGGGAGCAGCCCUUGGCCAAAAAGAAAGAGACUUACGACUGGUAUCCAAAUCACAACACGUAUUUUGCACUCAUGGGCACACUCCGUUUCCUUGGCCUCUACAGAGAUGAGCAUCAGGAUUUUAAGGAUGAGCAAAGACGUCUAAAGAAGCUCCGUGGAAAGGUGAAACCAAAGAAAGGAGAAGGGAAAAGAGCUACAAAAAAGAAAUAGUACCAGCUUGUCAAGAAAGAAAAUUUCUUCCUCAAUGACUAAGAAAGUGUAUCUCAUUAUCUUUUCAUAUAUUAGAGCAACAUGACCUUCCUCAGUAGACACCAACCCUGUGUUCACAUCCACUUCAGUUAAACUGUAACUGGUUUCUUGAAGAUAUUCUAAUUCUUCAAAAUUAUACUUACUUUGGUUUUGUAAUAUGAAGUUUACCUAAUUCUCUAAUGGAAUGAAUAAACUAUUGUCUUGUGAUUUGUUUAAAAAAAAAAA